UUAGAGGAACAUUUUUCAUAGCGAAAUAAAAAAUAUAAGCUCUGCAUUCUACAUUCGUUUGUAGUAAACAAGCACAUAAAAGUACAAACAGCCGAUAUGAGUAAAAAUACAGGUCCAGCUCCACCACAAUACACCUAUGUGCCACCACCAUCGGCACCGCCAUCCUAUCAGGAGGCGAUUGGCGGUGUCAAACCAGUGGGGCCAUUCACACCUGUCCCUGCACCAGCGACUGCAGCUACAAAUGCUACCAUUGUUACAACUGUUGUGCCCAUUGGACGCACUGCCACACACAUGAUAUGCCCACAUUGCCAUGCAGAAAUAGAGACAACAACACGAACUGAGCCGGGCAUGAUUGCGUAUUUAUCCGGAUUCGUUAUCGCAUUACUUGGUUGCUGGCUGGGUUGCUGCUUGAUACCAUGUUGCAUUGAUGAGUGUAUGGAUGUGCACCAUACGUGCCCUAGUUGCAAGGCCUAUUUGGGUCGUUACCGGCGAUAAACUUCAAUUAAGGCAGCAGAUAAAGUUUCUUCCUAGCAGAUGCGGUAUAGCGGUAUUCUAUAGCGCAAAUGGCUUUGAAGUGCAACGAUUUAAAAUUAUAAAUUCUCGGUCUUUUUUGUUUUUUUUUUUUGAUUUAAGAAUUAUUUAUUUUGUAAAUUUAUUUUUCGUAUUUUGUAUAAUUUAUUUACAAUCCACUAAUUAAUUCCAGUUAAGCCAUUAAAUAUGAGCACUAAAUUUAACUAUUAAAUGAAAUUAAUUUGUCUUGUAUUGAAUAAACACAAAUAUUGAAAUAAUUAUUUCAAACGAAAUGCUUAAAGCUAUGCCAAUUUAAUUUUAAUUUGUAAAAAAAUACUAAAUCUCUCUCUCUUCUCAUCAGAGUAUCCGGAUACUUUGAAGUACAUGAAGUACGCCACGUACUUUGAUUCAUUUCCGAACUGUUAACAUCAAAGAUACGAGACCCGUAUCUGUAAAACUGCUUCUCUCCUUCUUCUUCUAUGUAUAUAAAAUGUUUGAAAAUUAGUAGAAUAAUCGCUGGCACAUUCUAAAACUGCUUUGGCAGGCACAACACGCCUAAAACACUACAGCGCUGCUAUUUUGUGAAAACAAUUAAUAAUAAUUAAUAAUUAAACAAUAUUAUUUAUAAAAAAUAUAUAAAAAAAUUUUUUAAUAUUUUUUAAGUGUAGGGAAAAAAUGUACACCAAUUAUUUACUAUAAAAGUGUUAAACGAAUUAAUUAAGAAACCUAUCUUUGUACAGAAAACUAUCGCACAUAUAACUACAAUAAUAAUUACACAAUCGGACCUCAGACUUCUCUAUAAAGUAGCCGGAAACGGCAGAAUAUAGAGUAUGCUGUUAUACAGAGGUUCGACGAUUUAUUUUUUAUAGCUUCAAUUUUAACAUAUUAAAUUAAACUUUUAAUUGAAUUAAAAUUAUUCUUUAAUUGGUUUGUUUUUGCAUUUAUAUUUAUAAAAUAUUUAUAAUUCGUAAUAAUUUGCUCAAACUGAAAACUCAACUGUUGUCCUGAUGUGAAAAGGAUCAUUUACGUUUGUGCCUUUUUCCUUCCAAUCUAAAUGCUUUUCAUUUCACUGAACAAACGCAAUAAUAAAAUUAUAUUUAAUAACUUAAAGGCUUUAAAAAUAUAUUUGUAUGAAAAAUUUUUUAACUUUUUAUAGUAACACUUUUAUAUGCUUAAAAGAAAAAAUACCUAUAAACAUUUUAUGUUUAUUUAAUAAAAAAAAAAUAUACAUAAAGUUAUAUACACUUUUGGAAAAGGUUCAAAUUUUAAACUAGACAAGCCGGAAAAGCUCCAGAGCAGUGCUUGUAUUUUGUGGUCAUUUAAUUAUAAUAACAUUAUAUAUAUAUUAAUAUGUAUAUAUAUAUGUAGUUAAUUAUUCAAUCUAAGUAGAUAACAAGUAGCUACUCUAUACAAUAACAAAAACAAACCAUCUUUUGAAAUGCUAAAAGGCAGCUAACUUAUGAUAUGAUAAUCUUAUGCAACUGCAAUAAAAAAAUCUAUUUGCAUACAGAGAAUUUCCAAUAUUCAAUAUUUAAUAAUU